CGAUUCACUGCAUAGAAUGAAUUGUAAUGGAAUAUCGAUUACAGGUUGGAAAUUCUCCGACCACUCUCCACGGCAGACAGAUUUUAUUUGCGGGCGGUACACUAAUAGUCCUUUGUGUUUAUGACUUUAUGCACAAACUGCAUUCACAUAGAGUAGGUACGCAUGGGAAUCACGGCAUUCCGAAUCCCGGCGAUACACAGCGCAAUCGUCGUUUUGCCUUGAGCGUAUCUCAAUUUGCACAGGUUGGUUGGCUGCAGAGCCAAAUUAGCGCUAGUUGAUUGUUACAUACCUGCGUAUUCGCGGUACAAACGAGGCUUUCCACAGUGCGAGUACAGGCUGUAACAACUGCGGUCCAUGAUCAUUUCCUACUUCCUUGUAACUAGGCAUGCAGCCAUGCAGGGAGUUCUUAACACUGAACAUCGGCAGACUAAUUUGACAACCUGGAAAUGUUUCACCACCUAAGAAUUAUUUAUGGAAACUGUACAUUGUGCUUGUGUGAACAAAUGCCUUUAAAAUUGGUCAGGAACCUCGAUUUGAUGGCUUCAGGGAUUUGAUGGCUUCAGGGGACCACAAAUCAACGCGCGGAAGCAGGAAAACAGAUUCGUGUUUGAGAAUAAUUGAAACUCAUAUAAUAUUCUUAUGGGCCAGCAUGCUGCUACAUACUAGUAAUACAUUUACACAAUACAAUAAUAGUAAGUAAAUGUAAAUGGCCGAGAGUUCGACUGCAAAAAUCGGGAAACUUGCCACGACUACUCCGUCCCUCCUAAAUACCAAAAUCCCGACGUCAUAGCGACGAUAUUUCCUCACGGACUUUGGAGUUACACACACUCGGAUUACGCUGUAUAUUCGUGCAACACUCCUUGUUCACUGUCGUCGCACAAUGCCGCACAGGAACCGCCAAUUCACAAUGUGAAUGCGGAAUGUGACCAAGUAUUCCACGGGAAGAUGCAAGAUGUGCGCGUGCGGCACUAUAAGCCAGCCUCGUUCCAAUGCGCCAUCGAUUCCCAGCUGCUGCUCAACGGCUCAGCUAAACUGUUCGUUCUGCUCAAGUGGACCUCCAUUCCCUUCGGAUUACACCUGGAAAUCCAGCCAUCCACCCAACGCGUAAAAUGGAGAGCCGCUAAUGGGGACUUCACCGUCAACCGGACGGAACUGGAAGGCGGUUUCACGCUGUACAACUUCACCAUUGCAAAAGUGUACGAGAAGAUGAACUGGGCUGAGUGUGCAGUAUUAAUGGUACAGUCCGGAAAAGUAUUGGCUCAGCGGAGCUACAUUGGCACGUACCGGGAUGAUGAUGCCCCGUUUGAUUACUUCCGGGCUAACAUGCCCACUGUCGUAGCGAUGCCGGAAGGCAGCGCGAUCUUUAUCUGCCGCAUAUCACACCAAGGUAAUUUUUCGGACACAGACCCCAUAACGUUCUGGACAUCAUGGCGGCACAAUUACAAGUUGGUAUACGGUGACACGAUCCGUGUCGACGGUAGCAGCAGGACAUCAGGGUCAUUGCAUCGGUACCUCGCCACCUACGACCGCGCCCAGCAUCAGCUAACGUUGAACAUUCAUGACAUCUCGUAUGGCGAUGAAGGCCCAGUAACAUGUUGCGCUCGCCACGAAAAUGCCAGUCUCUACCUUAACAUGGAGGAUUUCUUCCGCUACUCCAUGUGGAGUCUCCAGUGGAACUGCGUGACAGCGCUGCUGGCUGUAAGCGCCACUCCAUCGACCAUCAAUCCCUGGUAUGCGCAAGUGGACCAGCAGCAAAAUUGUCGCAUAAUUAACGGGUACAGCUGGAUGUUCACGCCAAAUAAACAACACCGUCACCUGGAUGCUACGGAUUAUUUUUAAUAAAGCCUGUGACUUACAAUUAAAUAAUACUGCGCGCACACGUUAAAAUUUGACUGAUACUCGUGCUGUAACGUGCAACAAUCACAGUGACUCUGUCCACGUGGCUACGCCUACCGGUACAGCAGUAACAAUAAGAAAAAGAUCUGAUAGUAACUGCAAACCACCCUUAUUUUUUUAUUCCCAUGGUUCUGAGAUCUCGCUAAAAAAA